GGGGUCAAGCUGAGACGGAGGAUCCCGCUGCCCUCGAGUUCUUGGAAGCCGAACUUGCCAAGCUCCAGGAGACCAGGCUCGAGGUGGCCCACGAGAUCUACAGGCGCAACCGCGAGGCCCAGCUCCAGGACGAGCAGGAAAACGAAAGGCAGGCCACAGAGACGGAAUUCCAAGAAUUCCAAGAGUCAAUGGAAGAAGUCAAGGCGAACUCUGAUGCCGAAUGGGAGGAAAAAAUGAUAAAGGAGGUGGAGGAGAGGAGGGCCAAGAGGUCGAAGACGAGGAGUGACGACCUAAGCAGAACGCUGGUAGUCAAGCGCCAAGACCUCGACAGAGAGCUCUCCAAGCUCCAGGAAGCACACAUCUCCAGGUACGACCGGGACGUGAGGGACCAGUUGUCCAGGUUGAAGUUGGAAGUCUGGAAGUCCAAGGACCAGGACUUCACGACCAGGCUGGAGAUGGAGACCGAGAAGCUCCUCAAGCUUCUUCCACGCACUGAAGACAUGCUGGAAGCUAUGGACAACCUCAGGUCUCAAGUCGGUCUUCCCAAGUCCGACCGGUCCCAAGGUCCCCAGAGCCAUGAUCUUUUGGGUCUUGGCCAGGACCAAGUCGACCCGCCCCAGGGAAGCCACCAAAAGCCCACCAGCAGCCACCAACACAACCCGGAGCAGACCACUGAGCAGCCCCCAGGCCCAGCAGACGGUACUGACAACACCGGCCAAGGGGAUGGCCAAGGGGAUGGCCAAGGGGAUGGCCAAGAGGAUGGCCAAGGGGAUGGCCAAGCGGAUGGCCAGAACCAGCAGGGGUGGACCAACUCCGGGAACCAAGGUGGCAACCAAGGCGGCUACCAAGGCGGCAACCAGGGCGGCAACCAGGGCG